AUGGUUAUGCCAAACAGGAAUGCCUUGUCUAUUUCUCCUGAAGAUACUUUGAGCGAUAGAGAUCAGAUUCUUCUGCAAUGUAAGUUUUUGUAUCAUAGCGUUUUUGCCACAUGUAGGUUUGGGCUUAGUAGAUUUAAGUUUAGUAGGCUUAAGCUUAGUAGGCCUAAGCUGAGUAAACUAAACAAACUCUAUAUAGGAUCGAAGAUUAUAAAAUACCGGGAAAACUACGUUUAAAACCUGAUAAUCAAAUUAGUUUUUGUAAUUUUAAAAAUAUUUUUUUACGUUUUAAAUUGCCAUUUUAAAACUUGUAUUGUUUUAGGUGCUACAGGCGUUGCCUAUUACUGGCAUGAACUCAACUGUUUACGUCCAGAAUUGAAAGAUUUUGGCAUCAAAAUGCUGUAUGGCUUUGCUAAAGUUGUGGAAAUGUUUAAGAUCGUGAAUGUCAUGUAUUAUAAAUUACUGUAUUGCGGAUAUUUAAGACGUUUGGGCAAGCAAGAAAUAGCCGAAAGUUUGAAAAAAGUGUCAGAUCAAAUAUUCCAAAACCUGAGAGAAAUUGUGCAAAACAAAGAUAAAAUCAAAGAGUAUUCUACCUUCUACAAUAUUAUUGUUAGCACAAACAAAAGUUAUGUUAACACUGCUAUUAAAUGCACGAGUUUCAAUCCUUUAAAAUGA